CUGGCACAGGACAGUUCAAGCUGGGGCAGUUUUUGUCAAACGCCAUGGCUGGGAAGAAAAGAGGGAGGAAGCCUUCGAAGCCCAUGAAGAAGGCAAUUUCCCGCUCUUCACGCGCAGAACUCCAGUUUCCUGUGAGCCGAGUGGAGCGAUACCUGAGAGAAGGUGGCUAUGCGCAGCGACUGUCCUCCACCACACCAGUCUUCCUGGCUGGCGUCCUAGAGUUUCUGACAGCUAACAUCCUGGACCAGGCUGGGAAGGAGGCUCAGGACAAGCGCAAGAAACGCAUCGCCCCCCAGCAUCUGGAGACCGUGAUAGAGAGCAUCCAGCAACUCCAUUCCCUUUUGGGGGAUGGCACCAAGUCUCUGCUUGACGAGAUGGUCCAUGCCAAAGACAAGUGAGCAGGCCCGAAUCUCAAGUUCUGGUGGCAUCUCACCUACAUCCUCA